AUUUCUUCAAAAACCAUGAAUACCAAAAACCCUAAUUUGUUUUGGCUGCCCCAGAGCUAGCGAUCGAUGGAUUACGCUCAAGAACAGGAAAUGGAGGUUGAGGCGCUGCAAGCCAUUCUCAUGGAUGAUAUUCAAGUGUUAGAGACGGACGGGCUUGACACUCAAAGUCCGUCGUACCAGAUCAAAAUAACAUCGGAGAUAUAUGAAUCUCUGUGCAGGAUGAGGGGGAGACUGGUAAAUCUAAUCUUUGCACACACACCAAACUAUCCUGACGAGCCACCCCUUUUGGAUGUCCGUGGUGGCAAGGGCGUCAGGGACAGCGAAGCUAAAGAGCUCAAACAAAAGCUCCAAGCAGAGGCCACGGAGAACCUCGGAAUGGCCAUGAUGUACACACUGGCUACUUCAGCAAAGGAAUGGCUGUCUCUAAGGUUUGCUCAAGAAGACGAAGGGAGCGGGGAAGAUGAAGAAGAGGCACCUGGAAUAGACGAGGUCGUGGAGCCGCAUGGGGAGGUGGUAACUGUCGAAACGUUUGUGGCAUGGAGAGAAAGAUUUGAGGCCGAGCUAGCCCUUGAGAGAGCCAGGUUGAUGCCCGAGUCGGCUCUCACCACCACCAAGGACAAGCGGCUGAGCGGGAGGGCCUGGUUUGAAAGUGGUCGAGCUUCAGCUGUGAGAGUUGGCAAACCCGUGGCUGAAUCGAGCGAAGAGGAGGCAGAAGAGGACAUUGACUUCGAUGCCGAUUACGAUGACGAAGACUUGGACGAGGACGACAUGCUAGAACACUACCUGUCUCAGAAAGCUACCAUCUAAACAGAAUGGGAGCAACAUUUUAUUAUCAUGGUUUGUAUUUUUCUUCUUUGUCUUGGUGGGGGAAGGGAGCGAAUUUUUAAGUACAUGAGAAGUCCCGUACUUCAAAGAA